GGGCGGGGUCCUCGCUGAGCGGCUGGGUAGCCUGGCGCGCGGUGUCCGCAGUCCGAGGUCGGCCGCCCGCGGCAGCGCAGGGCAGCGGGGCAGAGCGCGGGUCCCGCCUGCCCGCCCGGUGCGCCGGAGCCGGGACCAGCGACUGGACGCGACGGGCCGCCAGGCCCGCACCGCCUGGCCGCCGCGAUGUGCGACUGCUUCCACAUGGUGCUGCCCACCUGGCCCGGAACCCCCGGCAGCGUGUCCGGCCGACAGCUGCAGCCCGGGGAGCCAGAUGCGGAAACUGAAGAUGACCACUCUGUGACUGAAGGGCCUGCGGAUGAGGUCAUUCGACCACGGCCACAGGGGUCUUCGCCUGUCUACGAAUACACGACUGAGGCUGCUGACUUUGGACUCCAGGAAGACGCCCCCGGCAGGCAAGGUUCUGCUGGGAGACGGAGAUCCUGGUGGAAGCGAGAUUCAGGGGACUCACGGACAUUUUUCAAGAUGAGUCGUCCAGAGGCCGUCCAGGAGGCAACAGAGGUGACGCUGAAGACAGAGGUGGAGGCAGGAGCCAGUGGCUACAGUGUCACAGGUGGUGGGGACCAGGGGAUCUUCGUCAAGCAAGUGCUGAAGGACUCCUCAGCCGCCAGGCUUUUCAACUUGAGAGAAGGGGAUCAGCUGCUCAGUGCAACCGUGUUCUUUGACAACAUACAAUAUGAAGAUGCUCUCAAAAUCCUUCAAUACUCAGAGCCCUACAAGGUUCAGUUCAAAAUCAGACGGCAGCUCCCUGCCCCACAGGAUGAAGAGUGGGCUUCCAUCGAUGCCCAGCAUGGCCCACAGGGCAAGGAGAAGGAGGACACGGAUGUUGCUGAUGGGUGCAGAGAGACCCCCACGAAAACUCUGGAAGGAGAUGGGGACCAAGAGAGACUCAUCUCCAAACCCAGGGUGGGGAGAGGCAGGCAGACCCAGAGGGAGAGGCUCUCUUGGCCAAAAUUUCAAUCCAUAAAGAGCAAGCGGGGGCCGGGACCCCAGAGGUCACACAGCUCGUCAGAGGCCUACGAGCCCAGGGACGCACAUGACGUGUCCCCUACAAGCACAGACACAGAGGCCCAGCUCGCGGUGGAGCGCCAAGAGCAGAAGGCAGGGCCGGGCAGCCAGAGGAGGCGGAAGUUCCUCAACCUGAGAUUCAGGACAGGCUCGGGACAGGGCCCUUCAUCGACAGGACAGCCAGGCAGGGGGUCCCAGAGUGGGGUGGGCCGUGCUGGGGUCCUGGAAGAGUUGGGGCCCUGGGGUGAUAGCCUCAAGGACACUGGGGCUGCCACAGGCAGCAGGAGAGAGGAGAGGGCAGAACAGGAUCGAGAAGUGAUGCCUGCUCAGAGCAUGCAGUUGCCCACAGAGCUCGGUGACCCUAGAUUUUGCGAGGGAACCUCUGAGGAAGGGGGACUCAGGGCAGCCAGGCUCCAUGGAAAGACCCUGGAGGGGCAGGCACAGGAGACAGCAGUGGCCCAGAGGAAGCCCAGGGCCCAGCCAACUCCUGGAAUGCGCCAGGAGGGUGAAGGCGAGGGACUGCAGAGCCUGGAAAUCGGGAUCGCCAGGCUGUCCUUGAGAGACACAAGCGAAGGAGGCACACAGAUCGGCCCACCAGAAAUUAGGGUGCGAAUACACGAUUUAAAGACACCAAAAUUUGCAUUUUCCACAGAAAAAGAGCCAGAAAGACAAAGGCGCCUUAGUACCCCACAGCGAGGGAAGAGACAGGAUGCGUCCUCAAAAGUGGGUACUGGCCUGAAGGGUGAGGAGGUGGAAGGAGCAGGGUGGGUGCCGGGCAGGGAACCAACCACACAUGCAGAGGCACAGGCGGGUGGAGGAGAUGGAGAGGAAGGACUACAGAGGACAAGGAUCACUGAGGAACAGGACAAGGACGGGGAAGUCACAGAAGGACAGAUGAGAAUACCCAAGUUCAAGAUACCCUCCUUAGGAUGGUCGCCAAGCAAGCACACAAAGACAGGGAGAGAAAAAGCCACACAAGACACAGAGCCGGGAAGGGAAGGAGAGGCCAUAGCAACAGCCGAUAGAAGAAAACAGAGAGGCACAGAGGAAGGAUUAAAAGACAAAGAAGACAGUGACUCAAUGACAAACACAACAAAAAUACAACUAACACACGACGAAAAACGCUUAAAAAAGGAACAAAUUCUGAAAGAAAAGGACAUGGCCACCAAAGACAGCAAGUUCAAAAUGCCCAAGUUCAAGAUGCCGUCAUUCGGGGUGUCGGCCCCAGGCAAGUCCAUCGAGGCCUCAGUGGAUGUGUCUGAGCUGAAGGUGGAGGCCGACGUGAGCCUCCCCUCCAUGCAGGGGGACCUCAAGACCACUGACCUCAGCAUUCAGCCCCCUUCCACUGACCUGGAGGUCCAGGCUGGCCAAGUGGACAUGAAGCUCCCGGAGGGCCCCGUGCCCGAGGGAGCCGGCGUCAAAGGGCACCUGCCCAAGGUGCAGAUGCCAAGUUUGAAGAUGCCCAAAGUAGACCUCAAGGGCCCCCAGGUGGACAUCAAGGGCCCCAAGCUGGACCUGGAAGGCCCCAAGGUGGAAAUGAGAGCCCCCGAUGUCGACGUGUCUCUGCCCAGCGUGGAGGUGGAAGUCCAGGCCCCAAAGGCCAAGCUGGAUAGUGUGCAGCUGGAGGGCGACCUGUCCCUGGCCGACAAGGACGUGACUGCCAAAGACAGCAAGUUCAAAAUGCCCAAGUUCAAGAUGCCGUCAUUCGGGGUGUCGGCCCCAGGCAAGUCUAUCGAGGCCUCAGUGGAUGUGUCUGAGCUGAAGGUGGAGGCCGACGUGAGCCUCCCCUCCAUGCAGGGGGACCUGAAGACCACUGACCUCAGCAUUCAGCCCCCUUCUGCCGACCUGGAAGUCCAGGCUGGCCAGGUGGAUGUGAAACUCCCAGAGGCCCAUGUUCUGGAGGGAGCUGGCAACAAAGGGCACAUGCCCAAAGUGCAGAUGGACAGAUUCAAGAAGCCCAAAGUGGACCUCAAGGGCCCCCAGGUGGACAUCAAGGGCCCCAAGCUGGACCUGAAAGGCCCCAAGGCGGAAGUGACGGCCCCCGACAUGGAGGUGUCUCUGCCCAGCGUGGAGGUGGAUGUCCAGGCCCUGAGAGCAAAGCUGGAUGGUGCGCGGCUGGAGGGGGACAUGUCCCUGGCCGACAAGGGCGUGACAUCCAAAGACAGCAAGUUCAAAAUGCCCAAGUUCAAGAUGCCGUCGUUCGGGGUGUCGGCCCCAGGCAAGUCCAUCGAGGCCUCGGUGGACAUGUCUGCACCCAAGGUGGAGGCAGACGUGAGCCUCCCCUCCAUGCAGGGGGACCUCAAGACCACUGACCUCAGCAUUCAGCCCCUUUCCGCUGACCUGGAGGUCCAGGCUGGCCAAGUGGACAUGAAGCUCCCAGAGGGCCACGUGCCCGAGGGGGCCGGCCUCAAAGGGCACCUGCCCAGCGUGGAGACGCCCAGUUUCAAGAUGCUCAAAGUGGACCUCAAGGGCCCCCAGGUGGACAUCAAGGGCCCCAAGCUGGACCUGAAAGGCCCCAAGGCGGACAUGACGGCCCCCCACAUGGAAGUGUCUCUGCCCAGCGUGGAGGUGGACGUCCAGGCCCCGGGAGCCAAGCUGGACGGUGCACGGCUGGAGGGGGACAUGUCACUGGCCGAGAAGGAUGUGACUGCCAAAGACAGCAAGUUCAAAAUGCCCAAGUUCAAGAUGCCGUCGUUCGGGGUGUCGGUCCCAGGCAAGUCCAUCGAGGCCUCGGUAGACGUGUCUGCACCCAAGGUGGAGGCAGACGUGAGCUUCCCCUCCAUGCAGGGGGACCUCAAGACCACUGACCUCAGCAUUCAGCCCCCUUCCACUGACCUGGAGGUCCAGGCUGGCCAAGUGGACAUGAAGCUCCCGGAGGGCCCCGUGCCCGAGGGAGCCGGCGUCAAAGGGCACCUGCCCAAGGUGCAGAUGCCAAGUUUGAAGAUGCCCAAAGUAGACCUCAAGGGCCCCCAGGUGGACAUCAAGGGCCCCAAGCUGGACCUGGAAGGCCCCAAGGUGGAAAUGAGAGCCCCCGAUGUCGACGUGUCUCUGCCCAGCGUGGAGGUGGAAGUCCAGGCCCCAAAGGCCAAGCUGGAUAGUGUGCAGCUGGAGGGCGACCUGUCCCUGGCCGACAAGGACGUGACUGCCAAAGACAGCAAGUUCAAAAUGCCCAAGUUCAAGAUGCCGUCAUUCGGGGUGUCGGCCCCAGGCAAGUCCAUCGAGGCCUCAGUGGAUGUGUCUGAGCUGAAGGUGGAGGCCGACGUGAGCCUCCCCUCCAUGCAGGGGGACCUGAAGACCACUGACCUCAGCAUUCAGCCCCCUUCUGCCGACCUGGAAGUCCAGGCUGGCCAGGUGGACAUGAAGCUCCCAGAGGGCCACGUGCCCAAGGGAGCCGGCCUCAAAGGGCACCUGCCCAAGGUGCAGAUGCCCAGUUUCAAGAUGCCCAAAGUGGACCUCAAGGGCCCCCAGGUGGACAUCAAGGGCCCCAAGCUGGACCUGAAAGGCCCCAAGGCAGAGGUGAUGGCCCCCCAGGUGGAAGUGUCUCUGCCCAGCGUGGAGGUGGAAGUCCAGGCCCCGGGAGCCAAGCUGGACGACGCGCGGCUGGAGGGCGACCUGUCCCUGGCCGACAAGGACGUGACUGCCAAAGACAGCAAGUUCAAAAUGCCCAAGUUCAAGAUGCCAUCCUUCGGCGUGACCGCCCCAGGCAAGUCCAUCGAGGCCUCGGGGGACGUGUGUACACUGAAGUUGGAGGCCGAUGUGAGCCUCCCCUCCAUACAGGAGGACCUCAAGACCACUGACCUCAGCAUUCAGCCCCCUUCCGUCGACCUGGAGGUCCAGGCUGGCCAGGUGGACAUGAAGCUCCCAGAGGGCCAGGUGCCCAAGGGAGCCGGCCUCAAAGGGCACCUGCCCAAGGUGCAGAUGCCCAGUUUCAAGAUGCCCAAAGUGGACCUCAAGGGCCCCCAGGUGGACAUCAAGGGCCCCAAGCUGGACCUGAAAGGCCCCAAGGCAGAGGUGAUGGCCCCCCAGGUGGAAGUGUCUCUGCCCAGCAUGGAGGUGGACGUCCAGGCACCAGGAGCCAAGCUGGAUGGUGUGCGGCUGGAGGACGACCUGUCCCUGGCCGACAAGGAUGUGGCUGCCAAAGACAGCAAGUUCAAAAUGCCCAAGUUCAAGAUGCCGUCGUUCGGGGUGUCGGUCCCAGGCAAGUCCAUCGAGGCCUCGGUGGAUGUGUCUGCACCCAAGGUAGAGGCAGACGUGAGCUUCCCCUCCAUGCAGGGGGACCUCAAGACCACUGACCUCAGCAUUCAGCCUCCUUCCACAGACCUGGAGGUCCAGGCUGGCCAAGUGGACAUGAAACUCCCGGAGGGCCCCGUGCCCGAGGGAGCCGGCCUCAAAGGGCAUCUGCCCAAGGUGCACAUGCCCAGUUUCAAGAUGCCCAAAGUGGACCUCAAGGGCCCCCAGGUGGACAUCAAGGGCCCCAAGCUGGACCUGAAAGGCCCCAAGGCAGAGGUGAUGGCCCCCCAGGUGGAAGUGUCUCUGCCCAGCGUGGAGGUGGAAGUCCAGGCCCCGGGAGCCAAGCUGGACGACGCGCGGCUGGAGGGCGACCUGUCCCUGGCCGACAAGGACGUGACUGCCAAAGACAGCAAGUUCAAAAUGCCCAAGUUCAAGAUGCCAUCCUUCGGCGUGACCGCCCCAGGCAAGUCCAUCGAGGCCUCGGGGGACGUGUGUACACUGAAGUUGGAGGCCGAUGUGAGCCUCCCCUCCAUACAGGAGGACCUCAAGACCACUGACCUCAGCAUUCAGCCCCCUUCCGUCGACCUGGAGGUCCAGGCUGGCCAGGUGGACAUGAAGCUCCCAGAGGGCCACGUGCCCAAGGGAGCCGGCCUCAAAGGGCACCUGCCCAAGGUGCAGAUGCCCAGUUUCAAGAUGCCCAAAGUGGACCUCAAGGGCCCCCAGUUGGACAUCAAGGGCCCCAAGCUGGACGUGAAAGGCCCCAAGGCAGAGGUGAUGGCCCCCCAGGUGGAAGUGUCUCUGCCCAGCGUGGAGGUGGACGUCCAGGCACCAGGAGCCAAGCUGGAUGGUGCGCGGCUGGAGGACGACCUGUCCCUGGCCGACGAGGAUGUGGCCGCCAAAGACAGCAAGUUCAAAAUGCCCAAGUUCAAGAUGCCGUCGUUCGGGGUGUCGGUCCCAGGCAAGUCCAUCGAGGCCUCGGUGGAUGUGUCUGCACCCAAGGUAGAGGCCGACGUGAGCCUCCCCUCCAUGCAGGGGGACCUCAAGACCACUGACCUCAGCAUUCAGCCCCCUUCCGCCGACCUGGAGGUCCAUUCUGGCCAAGUGGACGUGAAACUCCUAGAGGGCCCCGUGCCCGAGGGAGCCGGCCUCAAAGGGCACCUGCCCAAGGUGCACAUGCCCAGUUUCAAGAUGCCCAAAGUGGACCUCAAGGGCCCCCAGGGGGACAUCAAGGGCCCCAAGCUGGACCUGAAAGGCCCCAAGGCGGACAUGACGGCCCCCCACAUGGAAGUGUCUCUGCCCAGCGUGGAGGUGGACGUCCAGGCCCCGGGAGCCAAGCUGGACGGUGCACGGCUGGAGGGGGACAUGUCCCUGGCCGAGAAGGAUGUGACUGCCAAAGACAGCAAGUUCAAAAUGCCCAAGUUCAAGAUGCCGUCGUUCGGGGUGUCGGUCCCAGGCAAGUCCAUCGAGGCCUCGGUAGACGUGUCUGCACCCAAGGUGGAGGCAGACGUGAGCUUCCCCUCCAUGCAGGGGGACCUCAAGACCACUGACCUCAGCAUUCAGCCCCCUUCCACUGACCUGGAGGUCCAGGCUGGCCAAGUGGACAUGAAGCUCCCGGAGGGCCCCCUGCCCGAGGGAGCCGGCGUCAAAGGGCACCUGCCCAAGGUGCAGAUGCCAAGUUUGAAGAUGCCCAAAGUAGACCUCAAGGGCCCCCAGGUGGACAUCAAGGGCCCCAAGCUGGACCUGGAAGGCCCCAAGGUGGAAAUGACAGCCCCCGAUGUCGACGUGUCUCUGCCCAGCGUGGAGGUGGAAGUCCAGGCCCCAAAGGCCAAGCUGGAUAGUGUGCAGCUGGAGGGCGACCUGUCCCUGGCCGACAAGGACGUGACUGCCAAAGACAGCAAGUUCAAAAUGCCCAAGUUCAAGAUGCCAUCAUUCGGGGUGUCGGCCCCAGGCAAGUCUAUCGAGGCCUCAGUGGAUGUGUCUGAGCUGAAGGUGGAGGCCGACGUGAGCCUCCCCUCCAUGCAGGGGGACCUGAAGACCACUGACCUCAGCAUUCAGCCCCCUUCUGCCGACCUGGAAGUCCAGGCUGGCCAGGUGGACAUGAAGCUCCCAGAGGGCCACGUGCCCAAGGGAGCCGGCCUCAAAGGGCACCUGCCCAAGGUGCAGAUGCCCAGUUUCAAGAUGCCCAAAGUGGACCUCAAGGGCCCCCAGGUGGACAUCAAGGGCCCCAAGCUGGACCUGAAAGGCCCCAAGGCAGACGUGAUGGCCCCCCAGGUGGAAGUGUCUCUGCCCAGCGUGGAGGUGGACGUCCAGGCCCCUGGAGCCAAGCUGGACGGUGCGUGGCUGGAGGGGGACAUGUCACUGGCGGAGAAGGAUGUGACUGCCAAAGACAGCAAGUUCAAAAUGCCCAAGUUCAAGAUGCCAUCGUUCGGGGUGUCUGUCCCAGGCAAGUCCAUCGAGGCCUCGGUGGACAUGUCUGCAUCGAAGGUGGAGGCCGACAUGAGCUUCCCCUCCAUGCAGGGGGACCUCAAGACCACUGACCUCAGCAUUCAGCCUCCUUCCGCAGACCUGGAUGUCCAGGCUGGCCAAGUGGACAUGAAACUCCCGGAGGGCCCCGUGCCCGAGGGAGCUGGCCUCAAAGGGCAUCUGCCCAAGGUGCACAUGCCCAGUUUCAAGAUGCCCAAAGUGGACCUCAAGGGCCUCCAGGUGGACAUCAAGGGCCCCAAGCUGGACGUGAAAGGCCCCAAGGCAGAGGUCAUGGACCGCGACGUGGACGUGUCUCUGCCCAGCGUGGAGGUAGACAUCCAGGCCCCGGGAGCCAAGCUGGAUGGCACGCGGCUGGAGGGCGACCUGUCCCUGGCCGACAAGGACAUGACUGCCAAAGACAGCAAGGUCAAAAUGCCCAAGUUCAAGAUACCGUCAAUUGGGGUGUUGGCCCCAACCAAGUCCAUCGAGGCCUCAGUGGACGUGUCUGCACCCAAGGUGGAAGCCGAUGUGAGCCUCCCCUCCAUGCAGGGGGACCUCAAGACCACUGACCUCAGCAUUCAGGCCUCUUCCGCUGACCUGGAGGUCCAGGCUGGCCAAGUGGACAUGAAGCUCCCGGAGGGCCCCAUACCCAAGGGAGCCGGCCUCAAAGGGCACCUGCCCCAGGUGCAGAUGCCCAGUUUCAAGAUGCCCAAAGUGGACCUCAAGGGCCCCCAGGUGGACAUCAAGGGCCCCAAGCUGGACCUGAAAGGCCCCAAGGCAGAGGUGAUGGCCCCCCAGGUGGAAGUGUCUCUGCCCAGUGUGGAGGUGGACGUCCAGGCCCCAGGAGCCAAGCUGGAUGGUGCACGACUGGAGGGCGACCUGUCCCUGGCUGACAAGGAUGUGGCCGCCAAAGACAGCAAGUUCAAAAUGCCCAAGUUCAAGAUGCCGUCGUUCGGAGUGUCGGUCCCAGGCAAGUCCAUCGAGGCCUCGGUGGACGUGUCUGCACCAAAGGUGGAGGCCGACGUGAGCCUCCCCUCCAUGCAGGGCGACCUGAAGACCACUGAGCUCAGCAUUCAGCCCCCUUCCGCUGACCUGGAAGUCCAGUCUGGCCAAGUGGACGUGAAACUCCUAGAGGGCCCUGUGCCCGAGGGAGCCGGCCUCAAAGGGCACCUGCCCAAGGUGCACAUGCCCAGUUUCAAGAUGCCCAAAGUGGACCUAAAGAGCCCCCAAGGGGACAUCAAGGGCCCCAAGCUGGACCUGAAAGGCCCCAAGGCAGACAUGACGGCCCCCCACGUGGAAGUGUCUCUGCCCAGCGUUGAGGUGGAUGUCCAGGCCCCGGGAGCCAAGCUGGACAGUGCGCGGCUGGAGGGGGACAUGUCCCUGGCCGAGAAGGAUGUGACUGCCAAAGACAGCAAGUUCAAAAUGCCCAAGUUCAAGAUGCCGUCGUUCGGGGUGUCGGUCCCAGGCAAGUCCAUCGAGGCCUCGGUGGACGUGUCUGCACCAAAGGUGGAGGCAGACGUGAGCCUCCCCUCCAUGCAGGGCGACCUCAAGACCACUCACCUCAGCAUUCAGCCCCCUUCCACUGACCUGGAGGUCCAGGCUGGCCAAGUGGACAUGAAGCUCCCGGAGGGCCCCCUGCCCGAGGGAGCCAGCGUCAAAGGGCACCUGCCCCAGGUGCAGAUGCCAAGUUUGAAGAUGCCCAAAGUAGACCUCAAGGGCCCUCAGGUGGACAUCAAGGGCCCCAAGCUGGACCUGAAAGGCCGCAAGGCAGAGGUGAUGGCCCCCCACGUGGAAGUGUCUCUGCCCAGCGUGGAGGUGGAAGUCCAGGCCCCGGAAGCCAAGCUGGAUGACGCGCAGCUGGAGGGCGACCUGUCCCUGGCCGACAAGGACGUGACUGCCAAAGACAGCAAGUUCAAAAUGCCCAAGUUCAAGAUGCCAUCCUUUGGCGUGACCGCCACAGGCAAGUCCAUCGAGGCCUCGGGGGACGUGUCUGCGCUGAAGUUGGAGGCCGAUGUGAGCCUCCCCUCCAUACAGGAGGACCUCAAGACCACUGACCUCAGCAUUCAGCCCCCUUCCGCCGACCUGGAGGUCCAGGCUGGCCAGGUGGACAUGAAGCUCCCAGAGGGCCAGGUGCCCAAGGGAGCCGGCCUCAAAGGGCACCUGCCCAAGGUGCAGAUGCCCAGUUUCAAGAUGCUCAAAGUGGACCUCAAGGGCCCCCAGGUGGACAUCAAGGGCCCCAAGCUGGACCUGAAAGGCCCCAAGGCAGAGGUCAUGGACUGCGUCGUGGACGUGUCUCUGCCCAGCGUGGAGGUAGACAUCCAGGCCCCGGGAGCCAAGCUGGAGGACGCGCGGCUGGAGGGCGACCUGUCCUUGGCUGACAAGGACAUGACUGCAAAAGACAGCAAGGUCAAAAUGCCCAAGUUCAAGAUACUGUCGUUUGGGGUGUCGGCCCCAACCAAGUCCAUCGAGGCCUCAGUGGACGUGUCUGCACCCAAGGUGGAAGCCGACGUGAGCCUCCCCUCCAUGCAGGGGGACCUCAAGACCACUGACCUUAGCAUUCAGGCCUCUUCCACUGACCUGGAGGUCCAGGCUGGCCAAGUGGAUGUGAAACUCCCAGAGGGCCCCCUACCCGAGGGAGCCGGCCUCAAAGGGCACCUGCCCAAGGUGCAGAUGCCCAGUUUCAAGAUGCCCAAACUGGACCUCAAGGGCCCCCAGGUGGACAUCAAGGGCCCCAAGCUGGACGUGAAAGGCCCCAGGGCAGAGGUGAUGGCCCCCCAGGUGGAAGUGUCUCUGCCCAGCGUGGAGGUGGACGUCCAGGCCCCAGGAGCCAAGCUGGAUGGUGUGUGGCUAGAGGGGGACCUGUCCCUGGCCGAAAAGGAUGCGGCUGCCAAAGACAGCAAGUUCAAAAUGCCCAAGUUCAAGAUGCCGUCGUUCGGAGUGUCGGUCCCAGGCAAGUCCAUCGAGGCCUCGGUGGACGUGUCUGCACCCAAGAUGGAGGCCGACGUGAGCCUCCCCUCCAUGCAGGGGGACCUGAAGACCGCUGAGCUCAGCAUUCAGCCCCCUUCCGCUGACCUGGAGGUCCAGGAUGGCCAAGUGGACAUGAAGCUCCCGGAGGGCCCCCUGCCUGAGGGAGCCGGUGUCAAAGGGCACCUGCCCCAGGUGCAGAUGCCAAGUUUGAAGAUGCCCAAAGUAGACCUCAAGGGCCCCCAGGUGGACAUCAAGGGCCCCAAGCUGGACCUGAAAGGCCCCAAGGCAGAGGUGAUGGCCCCCCACAUGGAAGUGUCUCUGCCCAGCGUGGAGGUGGAAGUCCAGGCCCCGGGAGCCAAGCUGGAGGACGCGCGGCUGGAGGGCGACCUGUCCCUGGCCGACAAGGACAUGACUGCCAAAGACAGCAAGUUCAAAAUGCCGAAGUUCAAGAUACCGUUAUUUGGGGUGUUGGCCCCAACCAAGUCCGUCGAGGCCUCAGUGGAUGUGUCUGCACCCAAGGUGGAAGCCGACGUGAGCCUCCCCUCCAUGCAGGGGGACCUGAAGACCACUGACCUCAGCAUUCAGGCCUCUUCCGCUGACCUGGACGUCCAGGCUGGCCAGGUGGACGUGAAGCUCCCGGAGGGCCCCCUACCUGAGGGAGCCGGCCGCAAAGGGCACCUGCCCAAGGUGCACAUGCCCAGUUUCAAGAUGCCCAAAGUAGACCUCAAGGGCCCCCAGGUGGACAUCAAGGGCCCCAAGCUGGACGUGAAAGGCCCCAAGGCAGAGGUGAUGGCCCCCCAGGUGGAAGUGUCUCUGCCCAGCGUGGAGGUGGACGUCCAGGCCCCAGGAGCCAAGCUGGAUGGUGUGCGGCUAGAGGGGGACCUGUCCCUGGCCGACAAGGAUGUGGCCGCCAAAGACAGCAAGUUCAAAAUGCCCAAGUUCAAGAUGCCGUCGUUCGGAGUGUCGGUCCCAGGCAAGUCCAUCGAGGCCUCGGUGGACGUGUCUGCACCCAAGAUGGAGGCCGACGUGAGCCUCCCCUCCAUGCAGGGGGACCUCAAGACCACUGACCUCAGCAUUCAGCCCCCUUCCGCAGACCUGGAGGUCCAGGCUGGCCAGGUGGACAUGAAGCUCCCGGAGGGCCCCCUGCCCGAGGGAGCUGGCCUCAAAGGGCAUCUGCCCAAGGUGCAGAUGCCCAGUUUCAAGAUGCCCAAAGUGGACCUCAAGGGCCCCCAGGUGGACCUGAGAGGCCCCAAGGCCGAGGUGAUGGCCCCCCAGGUGGAAGUGUCUCUGCCAAGCGUGGAGGUGGACGUCCAGGCCCCGGGAGCCAAGCUGGACGACGUGCGGCUGGAGGGGGAGCUGUCCCUGGCCCAUCAGGAUGUAGCUGUGAAAGACAGUAAGUUUCAAGGGCCAGAACUGAGCACGUCUGGUUUUGAACGGUCAUCAAAGAAAGUUUCCAUGUCUUCCUCUGAAAUGGAAGGAAAUGUUACAUUCCAUGAGAAGACUUCUGCAUUUCCCAUUGUGGAAUCUGUUGUUUGUGAAGGUGAUCUUCAUGAUCCAUCUCGCGAUCGUAACUUGGAGCUUGCUGUUGGAGAAGUUGGAGUGGAUUCGAAGUUUAAGAAACUGCAUUUUAAAGUGCCCAAAGUUUCAUUUUCUUCUGCCAAAACUCCUAAAGAUAGUUUAGUCCCAGGUGCAAAGUCUAGCAUAGGUCUUUCCGCUAUUCCCUUAUCAUCUUCAGAAUCCUCAAGUUUUGAAUUACAACAGGUUUCGGCUGGUUCAGAGCCAUCCAUGCAGAUGCCUAAGGUUGGUUUGGCUGGGUUUCCAUCAUCUCGGCUUGAUCUCACUGUUCCUCACUUUGAAUCUUCUAUUCUCUCUCCCUGUGAGGAUGUUACACUUACAAAAUACCAGGUGACUGUUCCCAGAGCUGCCUUGGCCCCUGAGCUUGCUCUGGAAAUUCCUUCUGAGUCUCAGGCUGAUAUUCCUCUUCCCCAGACAGAGUGCUCCGCUGACCUGCAGCCUCCAGAGGGAGUUCCAACUUCUCAAACUGAGAGUCACUCUGGCCCACUGAAUUCCAUGAUUCCUGUUUCUCUUGGUCAGGUGUCUUUUCCUAAAUUCUAUAAACCAAAGUUUGUGUUUUCAGUCCCCCAAAUGGCAGUUCCUGAGGGAGACCUACAUGCAGCAGCGGGUGCCCCAGUCAUGUCUCCUCUUAGCCGUGGAGAAGGAGUGCAGUGCCCCUUGCCAAGCACCCAGCUGCCAUCCCCAGGCACCUCUGUGUCCCAUGGCCCGGAAGAGCUUGUGGCCUCCUUGCAGACAUCAGUAGUGGCCCCUGGAGAAGCCCCUUCUGAAGAUGCUGACCAUGAAGGGAAAGGGAGUCCCUUGAAAAUGCCUAAGAUUAAGCUUCCAUCAUUUAGGUGGUCCCCGAAGAAGGAAGCAGGGCCAAAGGUGGACCCAGAAUGUAGCGUGGAGGACUCAAAACUCAGCCUGGUUUUAGACAAGGAUGAAGUGGCCCUGCAGUCUGCCAUCCACGUGGAUCUGCCUCCUGAGAGGGAUGGAGAGAAGGGGAGGAGCACAAAGCCUGGCUUGGCCAUGUCAAAACUUGCACUUCCCAAAAUGAAGGCUUCUAAGAGUGGGGUCAGCCUGCCACAGAGAGACAUGGAUCCUUCUCUUUCUAGUGCCACAGCAGGGGGUAGCUUUGAAGACACAGAAAAGGCCAGCAGUGACGGUGGUAGGGGAGGACUUGGUGCAACAGCAAGUGCCACAGGAGGUGAGGGUGUGAACCUCCACCGGCCACAGGUCCGCAUUCCCAGUUUGGGCUUUGCCAAACCUGAUCUCAGAUCCUCCAAGGCCAAGGUGGAGGUGAGCCAGCCUGAAGCUGACCUGCCUCUUCCCAAACAUGAUCUAUCUACUGAAGGUGACAGCAGAGGAUGUGGGCUCGGGGAUGUCCCAGCAAGCCAGCCUUGUGGGGAGGGGAUAGCCCCCACACCUGAAGACCCCCUCCAGCCAUCCUGUAGAAAACCAGAUGCUGAAGUCCCCACAGUGGAAAACCCAGAGGAGGAAGCCACGACCAGGUACUCACAGGAAAGCUGGUUUAAAAUGCCCAAGUUCCGCAUGCCCAGCCUUAGGCGCUCUUCCAGGGACAGAGGUGGGGCUGGAAAGCUGGAAGUGGCUCAGACACAGGCACUGGCAGCAACAGGGGGUGAAGCAGCAGCUAAAGUCAAAGAGUUCCUUGUUUCUGGGUCAAACGUGGAGGCAAGUAUGUCCCUACAGCUCCCAGAGGCAGAUGCAGAAGUGACAGCUUCUGAGAGCAAAUCAUCCACAGAUAUUCUAAGGUGUGAUCUUGACAGCACAGGCUUGAAGCUGCACCUCUCCACUGCUGGGAUGACUGGGGAUGAGCUUUCCACUUCUGAGGUCAGGAUCCAUCCAUCCAAAGGACCUCUCCCUUUUCAGAUGCCUGGCAUGAGGCUUCCAGAAAGCCAGGUUCUUCCAGGAGAAACAGAUGAGACUCCUCUUUCCAAGCCAGGACAUGACCUUACCAGCAUGGAGGAUAAAACAGAGAAAUGGUCUUCCCAGCCUGAAGGUCCACUUAAAUUGAAAGCUUCAAGUACUGAUAUGCCGUCCCAGAUUUCUGUGGUUAAUGUGGAUCAACUGUGGGAAGAUUCUGUCCUAACUGUCAAAUUCCCCAAAUUAAUGGUACCAAGGUUCUCCUUCCCUGCCCCCAGCUCAGAGGAUGAUGUGUUCAUCCCCACUGUGAGGGAAGUGCAGUGUCCAGAGGCCAAUAUUGAUAUAGCCCUUUGUAAGGGAAGUCCGGGGCUCUGGGGAGCCAGCAUCCUGAAGGCAGGUGCUGGGGUCCCCGGGGAGCAGCCUGUGGACCUUAACCUGCCUUCGGAAGCUCCCCCAAUUUCAAAGGUCAGAGUGCAUAUUCAGGGUGCUCAGGUUGAAAGUCAAGAGGUCACUAUACACAGCAUAGUGACACCAGAGUUUGUAGAUCUCUCAGCACCCAGGACUUCUUCCACUCAGAUUGUGCGGGAAUCAGAGAUCCCCACAUCAGAGAUUCAAACACCUUCGUAUGGAUUUUCCUUAUUAAAAGUGAAAAUCCCAGAGCCCCACACGCAGGCUAAAGUGUACACAACAAUGACUCAACACGCUAGGACUCAGGAGGGCACAGAAGAGGCUCCCAUACAAGCCGCCCCAGGAGUAGACUCCAUUUCUGGAGAUCUCCAGCCUGACACUGGAGAACCAUUUGAGAUGAUCUCUUCCAGCGUCAAUGCACUGGGACAGCAAACACUCACAUUUGAAGUUCCUUCUGGCCACCAGCUUGCAGACAGCUGUUCAGAUGAGGAGCCAGCAGAAAUUCUUGAGUUUCCCCCUGAUGAUAGCCAAGAGGCAACCACACCACUGGCAGAUGAAGGCAGGGCUCCAAAGGACAAACCAGAAAGUAAAAAAUCUGGUCUCCUCUGGUUUUGGCUUCCAAACAUUGGGUUUUCCUCUUCUGUUGAUGAGACAGGUGUCGAUUCCAAAAAUGACGUCCAGAGAUCUGCACCCAUUCAAACACAGCCUGAGGCACGACCAGAGGCAGAACUGCCUAAAAAACAGGAGAAGGCAGGCUGGUUCCGAUUUCCCAAAUUAGGGUUCUCCUCAUCUCCUACCAAGAAAAGCAAAAGCACCGAAGAUGAGGCAGAGCUGGAAGAACAAAAGCUUCAAGAAGAAACAAUCACCUUUUUUGAUGCCCAAGAAAGUUUCUCCCCUGAAGAGAAGGAAGAGGGUGAACUGGCCGGGCCUGUGGGCACUGGGCUGGACUCCAGAGUGAUGAUGACAUCCACGGCAAGAACAGAGUUAAUCCUGCUAGAGCAGGACGGAAAAGCUGAUGAUGAAGGCAAAGGCUCAGGCCUGGGACCAAAUGAAGGCUGACAGGUAUGGCUCGUCAGUGCAAGAGAGAUGCAAAAUCUAAGUUGGAAAGUCAAGGCUACACACACAUGUGGAGCACCCCAUCCCACAGCACAUUACAUCCACCUCACUUCACAGAACUGAGAACAGAGCAGAAAUGACCAGAACACCUUUGUCACCAUCACACAGCCCUCCUAAAAUGGAACCAAAACUUCCCAGCUCCCUCAAAGCUUUGGAUGCAAAGAAGGCACCCUGACUUCCACAAGACACCAGAAUUCACACGGUACUCUGAGGCACUGCUGGGGAAGUUUGUUGGUCUUUAUUAGAUAAAUUUCCAGAGACCUGUCCAUAAUACCCAACAGAACAUGACUGUUUCUUUGAGGAAAGGGUUAUAAUGUCUGUGGUGUACAAGUAGUUUUUGGUAUAACUUCUUUCCUGCUGCUGCUGCUUCCCGGCAAACAUAGUUUUCCUAUUUCAGGCAGAGUGCGGUAUAUUCCAGGAAACACUGUUUCCUACUCACUUAGCUUACUUAUUUGUUGAAUGCCUCACUAACAGCAAGCUUCAAGAUGUUUUGGGUGACAAUGCACACAUGCUGGGCAAAAGGGUGAUGGCCAGUGGCUGGCAGCUGGGCCAGCAGAAGCUAGGACAUCUGUGAGUUGUCAUUCUCAUCUAUCCAUGUCCACUGGCCUGCCAGCAUCCGCCAGUGCCUUGCCAGCGUGCACGGUCCCACACUGUGGCCCCUGAGUCCCCUAAUGUACACGCUGCAGCCAGAAUGCAGAUGGAGCUGGCUUGGCUGUUCCCUGGAUGGGCAAUAAAGAAAGUGCUGCAUCCCA